AUGCCAAAACAACUAAUAAAAUAUAAUGUUUCUGAGUUAUCAUCUGAGUUUGAUGAUGAUUAUGUAUGUCAAAUUUGUUUUGAUACAUAUUAUAAAAAAGAGGUUUACCAAUGUAAAGAAGGUCAUUGUUCAUGUAAAGAAUGUUGGGAAAAAUCACUUGAAAAAAAAAAAGAAUGUAUGCAAUGUAAAACUAAAGUUAAUUCAUUGAAUGAACUAUCAAGAGCGAGACAAGUUGAAAGGUUAUUAUUAAAAACUUGUGUAUGCUGUCCAUAUUUAUUCAAAAAUAUUACUAGAGUAGAUGAAAGUGAAAAAUUAAUAGAGGAUAGUAGUGGGUGUAAUGAAAUUAUUAAAUUGGAAGAAUUAGAUAAUCAUAUCGAAAAUUGUAGUUUUAGAUUUGUAGAAUGUGAAUAUCAUGAAAAAGGAUGCAAUGAUAAAAUCAGACACAAUGAAAAGGAAAUUCAUAUUUCCAAGUGUGAAUACCAACCAUUAAAUUGUAAAUAUUGUUCCAAUGUUUUCCUAUUAAAAACAAUCGGAAAACAUUAUCUCAAAUGUCCUUCGAUGUUAAUAUACUGUAAAGAAUGCAAUGAAAAAAUAAAAAGAGAAGAAAUGGGUAAUCACGUAGAUAAACAAUGUCAAGAGGCAAUUAUUUCAUGUACUUUAUCAGAUUUUGGAUGCAAUGAUAAAAUAAAGAGAAAAAUUUUAGAAAAUCAUUUAGAACAAACAAACCACACAAAACAUUUAAGUACAGCAAUAGAACAUUUAAUGAUUAAAAAUAACCAACUUUCAAUUAAUAUAAAAGAAUUAACUAAAGAUAAAGAAAAUUUAAACAUUAAAAACUAUCAACUUUCAAAUAAUAUAUGUAAUUUUGAGGAAAAAUAUCAUAUUCUUUCAAAAAGAAUAAAUGAAUUAUCCAAAGGUAAGGAAUAUAAAAAUAAAUGGAUUAUUUCAAACUAUUCCAAAAUUAAUCAUAUUAUUUGCGGUGAAUUGAUAUCUCCUUCAUUUGGAUAUACUCGAGAUUCAUUUGAAAUCAGAUUUAAUAGAUUUCAUACAAAUUACUAUUUAAGAGAAAUAUCCAUAUAUCUUCAUUCUACAGCUGAACAAAAUGACAUAGAAUUCUCAUUAACUUUAUUAAACAAAGAUCCAAAAAAAAAUUUUUGUCGUAAAUACAAUGAAGGGUUUACAUCAAUAUGGGGAUGGAGCAACUUUAUAUGUGCCGACGAAAUAAAUAAAGAAAACGGAUUUGUAACAGAAGAUGACAAAGUAGAAUUUGAAUUUACACUUACUUAUCCUAAAGCAAUGCCAUUGUUAUCAAAUUACAUUCCCAAUUAG